AAAAUAAAAAUUAAAAAAAUAUAUCGAGAGAAAGGAAAGAGUUAAAUAGUCUUCAAAAUUUAAGAAUGCACUAUUAUUAUUGUUGCAAUUAUUGAAAGAGAUGUCAUUAUCAAAACAAAAAUCACACCAAAAUAAUAACAUCAGUGUUGAUAGCUAAACUAACAUCAAUAACUACAAUAACAACGAAAUGCCAACUAGCUAAAGAGAGAGAGAAGGGGUUGUUGAGUGUGAGGGAGACUGGGUGAGUGAGAGAGCGACUGAAUGAUUGAGUAAAAGCGAGAGAGAUAGAUAAAUCGUAUAGAGUAGUUAACUCGAUCAUAUACGAAGAACAGACUCUAACGGCUGGCUUGAUUUGCAAUGGUUCCUGUUGAUGUUGUUGCUGUUGUAGUGGUUUCUCUUUCUUUUUCUUCGCCGUCGUAUACAUCGUCAUCGCUGAAGGAUUACUCUAUUGGAUGAUAUGAAUUCUUUGGCAGUCACUACAUGGACAAUGGAGGUGAAAAAGAGACAGUGCCCAUGAUCUUUGUCUGUGCUCCCAGACUGAGAAUUCAAUGGAAAAGCAACAAAGAUCUGGUUAAUCAUAAUAUUUUCAUGGAGUCAUCUAGAUGCGAACUGAAGUGGAACUGCAUUCACAUAUGCCCAUUGUAUCUUUAUUAUUCAAGAAGAAAGUUGAAAAAGGAAAUUGCCAGAUAAAUUAUAAUGCUUUACGGUUUUGUUGUGUGAAAAUGUCUGCAAUGUAGGUGCUACCUUGAUGAUUAUGGAACAUUCAAUUGACAUGGAAUCGGAAAAUUGUAAUGGCUAUCAAGAACUAAAUGAAAUUGUGUUAAAUGAUACCAGUGUGGAAGAAAAGAGCAAUGUCCCAGUCAGUGAAUUAGUAAAUAAUGGGGAUGCUGGUACCAAUAUAUCUGCUGGGAGAGUGUUAUUGGCUGAAGAUUCCACAGACAUUGGCGAUACUUCAAGAGUUUCAACGCCUGCAGUCUCCACACAAGAUCCUGACCAGACAGAUGCUGCCAGUGUCUACUCUUUAUUUAUGGAAAGAGAUGCACGUUAUUUUUUCCAACAUCCCUACAGCCGGUUGGCUGUUGCAUACCUGGUGGUCAUUGCUAACUUUCUUGUUUAUGCUGAGGAUCCAGUUGCUCACAGUGUCAAAGAGAGUCAUGUGCCAGUUAUAGGAAAUGAUUUUUCAUUUCUCUUCACAAAAUACCCAAGGAACAGGUUGACAAAACUCAAGUUUAUUUUAUGGAUGUGUGGGAUCAUUUCCGGACUUGUUCUGGGAAAACUUUUAUUUCAUGAAAUGUUAUUUAAACGCUAUUUUAAACUGAAGAUGUUUCAAAAGUCACAUGGUUCUUGGAUGACCAUGUUUAUGACAGUAUUGGUGUGUUUGCUUAUCUUUUCCUACAUUUACAAUGGUUGCCUUUAUAUUGCUGGAGAGGAGGCCCAAGAAUAUAUCAUCACAACAGCAAUGGGUAUUACCAAUGGCUUCUUUAUGAAAGGAGCUGCUUGUGGGACCUGGUGUGGUGACUUCUUCACUGCUUGGAUGGUAACAGACAUUAUGUUACAGGAGAAGCUCUACCCACACUGGGCCCACAACAUCAGGAAAUGGUGGAAAGAAGGCUUUCAUCGCAUUGUACUAUUUUGGACAUCAAUGAGUGCUACUACAUUCAUAGUUGUGUUUAUUAUAGCUACAGAUUACAUCAACUGGGAUCGUCUGAACCAUGGAUUUCUUCCAUCAAAUGAACUCACUCGAUCCUUUGGUGCUUCUUUUAUUUUAGUUAUGGAUAUUAUCAUUGUUACACAGGACUGGGAUUUUCCCCACUUCAUAAAUAACUUGGAAAUCAAACUUCCUGGAAUGAAUCGGCCUGAGUUUAGAUUCUAUGCUCCCAAAUUCAUUAGUGAAAAUUGGCACAUCCAUAUCACUGGCAAAUGGUUCAACUAUGGAAUUCUCUUUUGUGUUAUCAUACUUGAUUUGAAUAUGUGGAAAAAUCAACUGUUUUACAAGCCGUAUGACUAUGGUCAAUAUGUUGGUGCUGAUAACCGUAUCUACACAGUACUCUCUACACAACAGCUUGGCAUCCACAAUGAAUCAAUGGUAUCAUUUGAAUGGCGAAACAGCACGAUAAACCCGGAAACUAAUAAGACUUUUGUGAUGGAGGAUCCUGUUAUGAAUUCAAGAUUUAUGAAUUACUCUAUGGCAAUCAAGAGUAUGGCUUUUAUUCCAUGCAUCUUGGCUUUUGUGGCACUUGGUGUGACUGUCAGUGUUUUUGGGCGCUUCAAACCUACCAAAGAAGAUCCUUAUGCUGGAAGAUUGAAAAAAAGAAAACGGAAGCGUUUCUCAUUUUUCAGAAAAAGCAAAAGAACUUCACCAGAAUCAGAUACAACAUUUGUGGGAAUGACUGAUUAUCUUCUAGAAUUGGUAAGAUGGCAUUUCACUACUAAAUAAAUAUGAAAUUACUACUUAGAGGAACUUAUGUAUGUUUUGAGAAAACAAUUAUAUCACUAAGAUGGAUUGUGGGUUACAUAUGAAGAUUUGAAAAGAGAUAUCAAGGGCCUCUUGUCAGAGUGGUUCAAAUAAUAUGUGAUAUAAGAUAUAUCCAGUUUCUUUCUUGAAAGAUUAGUAUAACUUAAUUUGUAGUGAGUCAUUAUAUCUCCCCAGCCCACAAA